UCCCGAUUCCCCAGACUUGGCUUUUGAUUGUUGGUUCAACUUAGAUAAUCCAAACUCUCUAGAACUUCUUAUAAGCUAUAAGCUUACUUACAUAUGACAUAUCAUAGUAUACAAAGUCCUAUAUUCUGAUGCCAGCAAAUAUUUACAACAGUAAAAACGACAGGAAUUGACCGACGCUGACGUGGGAGAAGGUCAAUUAACAAUUCGGGGUGUUAUCUAGCGAAACUAAAACCAAUGGCAAGCUUUUUCGAGCUCCCAGACGACCUUCUUGCGGCUCUCAUUGGGAGCUUUCCAUGUCGCGAUGCUCAGAUUCGUGCAUUGACGACGUUGCUUUAUCCCCGAGCUGCGCCAUGUCGUAACCUGAUCAUUCACGGUACUGAGGCAACCGGUAAAAGUGCUGUAACCGCGCGUCUCCUCGAAUCGUUGUCCUCGCAAGCUUCGAACGACGAUAGCCCCCUUCUCAAUUACGCAAUUGUUAAGUCCGCGGAAUGUGUAACGGCGCGACAUCUAUUCGAACGAACAGUAGGCUCCGUAGCCGAUACCUUACAGCGAGAUGAUAGCAUAUCAGUCGGACGUUGCGAAACGCUUGCCUCGCUCACAGUCGAGUUAACCAAGCUUCUGAAGUACGACCAACCCGAACAGAAGGACCGGAGGUUUGUGCUAGUUUUCGAUGGUAUUGACCGCCAGCGAGAGGCGCCACCAACUUUGUUGCCAGCUCUCGCUAGAUUAUCUGAACUUAUCCCAAAUCUAACAACGAUAUUCAUCCUAACAACCCCCUCGCCCUCCCUCCUCCGCGUAUCCUCCGUCCCCCAAAUCUACUUCCCACCGUACACAAAAACCGAAUACGUCACGAUCCUCUCACGCGCGCCGUACACCCCGCAACCGCUUCCAAACACCACACCCCAAGAAACAACCGACCUAUGGGCACGUUUCACAGCCGCAGUCCACGACGCCCUCUCCAAGCCCGCAUCCCGCACACUCCCGGGCCUCGCCCGCGCUUGUGCCGCACUCUGGCCGCGAUUCACAGCCCCCGUUGCCGCAGGAACCCACCGCGCUCGCGAAUUCACGAAACUACUCGUCGCGGCACGUGCCUACUUCCAAGAUGAAAGCGUACUUGAACCUGGUAUAACUUUGGCUUCUACAUCCGCCAGCAAGAACAGUCUUGCUCUCACCGCUGCUACUACCAAUACCAAACCAUCUGAAAAAGAAAUCCGAAAGAAUAAUUUGAGUAGUAGUGGUAGCAAAGACCUAGCAACCCUUCUCCCGCCCACCGCACGCCUGCUCCUGAUCGCCGCGUACCUAGCCUCGCAUAACGCGCCGCGCCACGACCAGACUAUAUUCAGCACAUGGCACUCCGGCCGGCGGCGCCGCGGGGGCGGUGGUAUCGGGGUUGGAAUACGGAAUAAUGCGACCAAAAGAUCUAAACAUCGAAAGAUUGCGCGAAAACUACUUGGUCCUAGUGCGUUUGUGCUGGAGCGUAUGGUAGCGAUUUAUGCUGCCACUCGACGGGAGUGGGUAAAUGAUGACGAUCCUAGCGCGGACGAUAGGGUCAGCGUAGACGGUGACGUCGGUAUGGCUCUUGCGACAUUGGCCAGUUUGAGAUUACUGGUUCGCGUUGGGGGAGGUGCGGCUGGUGUGUGCGACGCGAUGGACCGUGGUGGGAAGUGGAGAGUGGGCGUUGGUUGGGAGGUCAUUCGGGGAGUAGGCCGAAGUAUGGGGGUUGAGGUUGAAGAGUGGCUCGUUGAGUAGAAGUGAUGAUAUCGGGAAAUAGAAAGGAAUUUAGAAGGGGAAAACAAGAAGCGUAUCGCCCAAAUAUGAUGGCUAAUAUGCAUAAUACUAUUGAUACCCUUAGAUCUAUAUGGCUCUUUAAAUGGUAAAAUGUUAAUUUAUCUAUGGCCCAUGGUGCACCGACAAAAUUGUUCGAAUAAGAGAAUCGUCCUCCAAAUAUGUUGCCGUGACACC